UAAAACAACAGAGUUAUUCAAACUAGUAACAUAUACGUCCGAAUUGGCCACUUUCAUCCUCCGCAAAAACAAGUAAAAACCUCUAAAACCCUCCGACUCCUCUGAAAAAUGAAAGCUUUUAGAUCUCUACGAAUUCUAAUCUCCAUCUCACGAACGGAGACACCUUUCAGUAAAACCCAUCUUCCUCAGAACUUCACCCGCCGGUCUUACUCGGCGCAGGCGAAUCUAGACGAACCCACUUCCGUCAACGGAGACUCUGUUUUCGAUAGCAGUCAGUACUCAAUCGAAGACCCCGUGAAGAAGCCCAAACAACAACCCAAUUGGGAAAAAGGGUACAGAGAAAGAGUAGAGAGAGAGCUGUUCCCACAAGAGAAACAGAGUUCCGAAGAGAAGGAUCGGUCAAGGAUUCUCGCAAAGGCUCUCCUUGAGGCUGCUCUUGAGUCGGCUGAUGACGAACUCGGUGAUGGCGAGGUUCGAGAAGAAUACCAGAAGUCUCUUAACGUCGGAAUCAUCGGCCCACCAAACGCCGGCAAAUCUUCCCUCACUAACUUCAUGGUUGGAACAAAGGUUGCAGCUGCUUCACGGAAGACCAACACGACGACCCAUGAAGUGUUGGGAGUGUUGACAAAAGGGGAUACACAAGUUUGUUUCUUUGAUACUCCUGGUUUAAUGCUGAAGAAAAGCGGAUAUGGUUACAAAGACAUCAAGGCUCGUGUGCAAAAUGCUUGGACCUCCGUUGAUCUAUUUGAUGUCCUCAUUGUUAUGUUUGAUGUCCACAGGCAUCUCACCUGUCCGGAUUCAAGAGUUGUACGCUUGAUUACAUACAUGGGAGAGGAAGCAAAUCCGAAACAAAAGCGCAUUUUAUGUAUGAACAAAGUUGAUUUAGUUGAGAAGAAGAAAGAUCUGUUAAAGGUUGCUGAGGAGUUCCAAAAUCUCCCUGCAUAUGAAAGGUACUUCAUGAUAUCAGGACUAAAGGGAUCUGGAGUCAAAGAUCUCAGCCAAUAUUUAAUGGACCAGGCAGUAACAAAGCCAUGGGAGGAAGAUCCAUUCACAAUGAGUGAAGAAGUGAUGAAAAACAUCUCUCUUGAAGUUGUUAGGGAGAGAUUACUAGACCAUGUUCAUCAGGAAGUACCAUACGGGGUGGAGCACCGUCUAGUGGACUGGAGAGAGCAGCGAGACGGGUCUCUGAGGAUCGAACAGCAUCUCAUCACUCCUAAACUUAGCCAACGCAAGAUUCUUGUGGGGAAGAGCGGUUCCAAGAUCGGGAGGAUAGGAAUAGAGGCUAAUGAAGAACUCAGGAGAAUAAUGAAUCGUAAAGUUCAUCUCAUCCUCAAGGAAGUUGAAGUGUUGACUGAUCGUGUCCGAGAAGGCUAACCACCGGCGUAGUAAGUUGAGAAAUGAAUCUGUGAUCAUAAACUCCCCAGUGGAGAUACCUUCCUCGUCAUCCUAAUCCUCUGUUUUGGCUCCAUUAUUGACAAAAAAGAAAACUAUUUAUCAACGGUCAAGAUUCUUUUGGUGAAUUUAGGUCGCUGUGAUGAAAUCUAAAAUUAGCAGUAUGCUUUUUAUCGUUAGUUUUUAGGGGAAAAGUAAGUUUAACCCUAAUUCAUUAGUUAAUUACUAUACUUUAAUUAUAUUUUAAUUGCUAAUUUAAUUUAUGUAUCUGUUCUAACUCUUUUGAUAUCAAAAAAAUAAUUAUGAAAAUGCAAUUA